GUAAUGGCAACAUUACGACAUGUCCGGUCUCAGGUCUCUAUGGAACGAAAGUAAGGAAUGAGAUGUUCCGUCUAAUACGUUGUCCUCUGACUACUAAACGAAUGUCAUUUCUCAAUAGUUUUAUUUCAUUUGCAAUGGGACGUCCACUUACUACGAAUACAAUAGAUUUAACUCCAUUUCCUGAGUUGUAUACUGAAGAGAACAUCAUUUUACAUAAAAUUUUCAAAAAGUAUGGAUUUGAUCUACGUAUCGCCGGGGGUGCAGUACGUGAUAUUUUACUUGGAAUUUCUCCACAUGACAUUGAUUUUGCAACAAAUGCUACUCCACCUGAGAUGUGUGAAAUGUUUUCCAAGGAAGGGAUUCGAAUGCUGAAUAGAAAUGGGGAAUCACAUGGAACUGUUACAGCCAGAAUUAAUGAUAAGGAAAAUUUUGAAGUUACCACUUUACGUAUUGACGUUGUCACAGAUGGAAGGCAUAGUGAAGUUGUCUUUACAAAUGACUGGAAGUUAGAUGCUGAGAGAAGAGAUCUUACAGUGAAUUCAAUGUUUCUAGGUAUUGAUAUGCAGGGGUUAUUUGAUGAGGUUAAUGAAGCAACAACAGAUUCUUCCGCAAAUGAAAAUAAUACAAGUAAUAAACAAAAAGUGUUAGGACAUUUAUGGGAUUAUUUUAACGGUUGUGAUGACUUGAAAAAUCAUCGCAUACGAUUUGUAGGGGAUGCAGAUACUAGGAUAAAAGAGGAUUACUUAAGAAUACUAAGAUAUUUUCGAUUUCAUGGUCGUCUGUCAACAGAAGACACAUAUGAUAGGCAUGAUGAAGAUGUGUUGAAGAUUAUAGCUUCAAAUGCUAAUGGUUUGUCAAUGAUAUCUGGUGAACGCUGUUUCAGUGAAUUGAAGAAAAUUCUAUUAUACCCUUCAACUCCAUUCCUUUUACGUCGGAUGGCAGAUGCUGGGUUAUUUAUUCAUUUAGGUCUUCCUGAAAAUCCUAACUUUAAAGAAUUAGAUAAACUCUGGAAUAGAGAUAUACUGUCUUCUGCACCAAACCCAAUUACUUGUUUAGCUGCAAUUAUGACAUCGCCUGAUGAAGUUGAGAACUUAGACAAACGUUUACGUUUAUCUAAUCUAGAUUUAACUAUUCUAUUGUACAUAUUAUAUAAACGCGAUUAUUGUUUUAAUUUAUCUAAUGAAAAUGAUAAAAAUGAAAUGAAAUUUUAUGAAAAAGAAUAUUUAUUAUCAUUUGAACCGAGUAAAAUAAAACCAGCUAUAACUGAAUUGUUAAAAUAUUUAGGCAAAGAUAAAUUAUUCAUUGAUAAAUGGUUAUCAUGGCAAUCACCAAAGUUUCCAGUCAAUGGUACAUUAGUUAUUAAUCAAUGGGGUUUACGUAAUAAAUUAAUUCGACCAGUUUUAUUUAAACUACGGGAACAAUGGUGUGAAUCAGAUUAUAAAUUAUCAAACGAUGAAUUAUUAACCGAAAGUAAUAAACAAUUUAUCUUGGAUCAUAUAAAUAAUCAUUCUGUUGAUUGUAUACCCGAAAGAUUUAUAAUUAAAGCUAAAAAAUCACGAAGAUGACAAUAUUGACUCGUUUAUUUUUUUGUAAUAUGUAUAUAUAUUUACAUAAAUAUAUAUGAAGUGUUACUGUUGUUACUCAUGAAAGAGAA